AAAGCCUGAGGUCUCUCCAAAGUCUCACAGUGAGGUGUUGCUGCCUGCCCGAGUUACCGUACUUACAUUGUCCAUUUAGAUACUGUAUUUCAGCUGCUGAUUGAGAGACGUCACCGGAGAUACAGAAGCACAUGAAGGAUGUGUGCGUCAAGGUGGAUCAAGGCCACUUGGCUGCUUCACCUGUUUUGCUCAGCUACCUCAUCUCCUCUUUCCAUGCACACGCCCGCUCCUCGCCUCCGCUCCCAAAUAUCUCCUCCUUUGCCCACAAUGCUGCCGUCCGGGCCGUCUCCAUCACUCAGCAUCCCUUCCGUCGGCGGAGACCGGGUGGAUGCGGCGGAACGAGCCCCCUGCCCGCUCACCCUGUCCCCCUCCAGCCUGGUGGUCAGGUUUGGCGAUCCAGUCAAAGUCAAUUGCUCUGUGCCGAUGAAGGGCUUUUCUCUGCUGGGAUGGGAGGUCACACUGGUGGCUCCCGAGCCCACCAUGGAUAGGUUUCUGAUGUGGAGAGUGGCGAACAUGACAGAGUGGAGCAUUUCCCCCAUGUGCUAUGCGGUGUCCGACCUGGAAGGACCCUGUCAUCGUCAUCUUCCCGUCCUUGUUUACAAGCCUCCAGACGGCGUGUCCCUCAGCUUCGCGAACCACACAGGCCCAUUGUUGGAGCACAGUCAGUACACUCUGCACUGCACCGUCCACAACGUCGCCCCUGCUGGGCACCUCCACGUCACCUUCUACAGAAGCCAAACCCCACUGGCUCGACGACAUUCAAACGUGACCGAGAAGACCCCGGUGACUGAGGUCUUCACGCUAGACAUCACGGCUAGAAGAGAAGACGAUGGCGCCAACUACCGGUGUGAGGCCGAACUGCAACUGCACACAACCGGCAGACAGAAGCCUGUAGCGGUCGCAUCGGAAAGAGUCACUACCGCAGUCCUGUUUGGGCCGCAACUGCUUUGUCCUGCAAAGAUGCAGGUCAAGAUUGGAGAAAGCCUGCGCUGCGAGGUCCGAGGGAACCCAGAACCAUCGGUUAUCUGGCUCAAAGAUGGCCGCCUGGUGAUCCCGCCCACACACUCGACAAGCGCGCACGCGGGAAAAUACACAGUGUUGGCCACAGGACUUUUUGGACAGAGAAACGUGACAAUGGAGGUAGAGGUGGUGACUAGCAGAGGCACCACAAGCAAGUGUCAAAGACACUUCCUGCUGGCAGUCCUGCUGGCACCGGCACUGAACUUGCUGUAAAGCUUUAAAAUAACCCAAUGGGGUUUGUGAUUCAAGUCUCACUGCUGUUAGGACAAACAUCUCCUGCUGGUUGGAACAUUUGUCAGAGAGUUUUGGUUUCAUGUUUGAACUCAUGUUCACAUUGGUGUCUUUUUUUGUCAUUGUAGCUCUCAUGCUAAUGCUCUCACUUUUGCUCAAGACAGCUGCUGUCCAGGUACUUCUACAACCACAGAAUGUUCACUAGUUAAGUACUACGACACCUACCAAAAAAAAAAAAAGAAAUGUCAGACUGUCAAUAAAUGUUGUGUCCCAUA